AUGGUGUCAGAACGUAAUAACAGCGCUGCGACUUGCCUUUCCAAUCUGUGUGACUUUUUGGUGACAGAUUUUGUGGGUGCUGAUGUCAGGAAUAUUCUGGAGAUGAUCUUCUUUGUCUUCCUGUCCGGGAUCAUCAGUUUCUUCGGCGCCAUUGGCAAUUUGAUGAACAUUUUCAUCUUGUGCAAGCAAGGCUUGAAGGAUUCAAUUAAUAUAAGUCUCCUUGGGCUUGCCAUGUCUGACUUAGGCUCAGUCGUGACGCUAGUCUGGAUGUCCAUCUGCUUCAAUCCAUUUUUCAGGUACUCAUCAAUUCCUUUUGAGUCAGUGGAUAUCCAGUAUUUGUCAGCAGGCUGGCCACACGUGUGCUUCGCUCGGAUAACCAGUUGGAUCACGGCUUUCAUCACGUUCGAGAGAUGUUUGUGCGUCGCCUCACCCAUGAGAGUCAGGCAGAUCAUCACUCCCAGGAGGACCACCGUUGUGCUGAUCGUCAUCUUCCUGGUCAUGCUGGGUAGUGUCUCGCCCGUGUACUACGCCAUUCACAUCUCAUCCUUCUUCCACGCCUCCAGAAACCUGAGCCUCGAGGGUUUGGUGUACUCGCUAGAUGGCGCCACCGUGGAAUAUGUCUCAUUCUCCAUCAGCGUCUCCGCCCAGCUCAGCUCCUUCGCUCUAGUCAUCAUCUGUACUCUAACGCUGAUCGCCAACUUGUUGGAGAAGUCUAGGUGGCGCCGCAGCGUCGCCGUCACGGGUUCUGGACAGGGCAUGUCUGGCAGGGAUCCAUUGUUGGACCCUACCAGAAUAUCUUUCAGGUAUCAUGGUCCAUACUCAACACGUUUGAAGCAACAAACAGUACAGUCUCCAUUAUAA